AUGGUGCCAGAUAUGGAGAGGAUCAUUGAGAGCAUCAUCCAAGGAGACCAGGACACUGUCCAGGUCCUACUGGACGGCUACACCACCCAGUAUGCAGAGUGCUUCUUUUUCAACACUGAGGUGCAGGAGAGAAAAAAGGAACAAGAACUAGAAGAGUUCAGGAAGAACAAAGUGAGAGAUGAUGCUCCUGACUCUGAUUCUGACUGUGACUCAGAUGAAGUUGAACUCGAUCUUCUUCUCCGAGAGCGCCUGGCCACAGCCCUGCUGUGCUUCAUCAGUAGUCAGCUACAGCCAGCAGUGUUACGGGUUUGCCUGCAGACGCUGCGUAUCCUGUCCCGUGACCGGCGGGCCCUAGGGCCCAUGGUCACUGAUAGCUCCCUUCUAACCUUGGCACACCUGGGAGGCAUCAGCUUACUUCAGGCAUACCCACAACAGGAGGAAAGAGCUGAAGAUCAGUCACACAGCCAGAUUCACAGAGCAGCAAGUGGCCGUGAGGAGGCUGCAGAUGCUGAUGCCACACUAUUAGCUAAUAAUGACUUAGUUCAUCAAUGGUGUAAGUGGACAGAUGAUGGUCAUGUGAUGCCUGCCCAUGGGAAGAGGGACAUCCAGGAAGAGAACAUUCAUGAGGAAGAGAUUGAGGAGGAUGGGGAUGUGUGUAGAAAUGAGGCCAUUAAGGUCUUGUGUAAUGUCAUCUACAACAGCCCCAGGGCACAGGAGACGGCCAGCACACUAAGACUUCUGCAAGGUCUGUGGGAGAGUCUGAAACAAGGGAUCAGGAGCGGGGAGCUGUCCAGUGGCCAGUUUUACAAGUUGAGACUACUCUUCUUACUGACAGCUCUGAGGCCUGAGCUCAGGCUGCAGCUACAGCAGGAGCGAGGAGUGGCAGUACUGACCAAAGCCCUAGAACAGUGCCUGGCUGUGAGGUGGGGUGAGGGGUAUGAGGUGCUCAAUGAUAGCACAGCUCCUCCCAUCUCAAAGAAGAUGUACCAAGAGGUCAUCGAGAUCCUCAAGACACUCUUUAACAUCACUCACAGGCUCCACAGGCAGGAACCAGAUGAGGAGGAUGCUGCUCUGUACCGCCACUUAGCAGCUGUGCUGCGCCACUGCCUGCUGCUGUCAUGUGAUGGAGAGGGUGCAUUGGAGGAACUCCAAGGACAUACAGUGAACAUCCUGUCAGCACUGCCGCUGACAUGUCUGGAUGUCCUGCUAUCUGUUUGUGUGGACAAGGCAUCUCACAAGUGGGAGGGAGUCAACAUGGACUGUGUCCACACAUUGCUGCUGUUCAUGGACAGACGUCUGAACAGGGCUCAGAAGCUAAAGGAGAAACUAAUCCCUGUACUGAAUUUGCUGACUGAGAGUUCUCGGGUACACAGAGAGACUCGUCACUAUUUACGGCAGAAGAUCUUACCUCCGCUGAGGGACGUUGCCAUCCGACCCGAACAGGACACCACACUGAGAGGCCAGCUGGUCCGCCUGAUGACCCAUGUUGACACAGAUGUGAAGCACUGUGCUGCUGAGCUGCUGUUCGUGCUCUGCAAAGAGAAUGUUAGCCGCUUUGUCAAAUAUACGGGUUAUGGCAACGCCGCUGGGCUGCUGGCAGCUCGGGGACUGCUGAAUGGCAGAAGGAAACCAGACAACAGCCAAUAUGCCUGCCAGUACUCAAGUGACUCAGACUCAGACACAGAGGAAUACCGGGAGGCCAAAGCUAGGAUUAACCUGGUGACUGGCCGGGUGGAAGCAGAGCAGCCUGAUCCAAUGGAGGGCAUGACAGAAGAAGAAAAGGAGGUGGAGGCCUUCCGCCUAAUCAGCAUGAUAAACAGACUAUCACAAGACCAGAUCAUUCAGCCAAUGGGUGUGACAGCAGAGGGGAGACUGGCUCCACUCUGGAGCCAAAUGAGGGGCUGCACACUGGAGGAGGAGGAAGAGGAAGAUGAGGAGGAGGAUAUGGAUCUGAUGCCAGAAGGGAGGAAAGACAAACAGAUGGAAUAGAAUGAUGUAAACAGGGAGCAGUACAAUAACUGUUCCCUGUUUGUCAUAUGGUGAAAAGUAGUCUUCUUUUACUACUUUAUUGUAGUGCGUUUAAUUUUCCCUGCUAUAUUCACACAGCAACAGUGAGACACAGUUACAUUGUUUUAAAUGGACAUUAUUAUUAUUGUUAUCAUGAAUGCUCAUCCUGUACUGUCUGUCACACCAAAGUUCAAAUAAGUUUGAGCUUUGAAUACACUUUGCA